CCAUCUAUUGUGUGUUAGAGUGGAUUGAAUUGUAGUGAAUGUCAAUCAUUGAGUGUCAAUGAGUUCGCACUUUUGAUUCAUUCAAUUGACUUAUUAUUAUUUGAUUGCAUUUGUUGACCAUCGAUGACAACCUCUUAACAAUGGGUAUGAAAUCGAUGGAAUUGGACACUCCUGUAGACACCUCUCGUGAGGGUCUCAAGCAGUACUAUAUCACCAAAAUUGAAGAGUUGCAGCUCAUUGUCAACGAUAAGUACCAAAACUUACGCCGACUUCAGGCUCAGAGAAAUGAAUUGAAUGCCAAAGUUCGUAUGCUUCGCGAAGAAUUACAAUUACUUCAAGAACAGGGCUCUUAUGUGGGCGAAGUGGUUAAGCCAAUGGACAAGAAGAAAGUAUUGGUGAAAGUACAUCCCGAGGGAAAGUUUGUGGUCGAUAUCGAUAAGAAUAUUGACAUCAAAGAUGUUACGCCUAACAGUCGGGUCGCACUCCGUAACGAUUCAUAUGCUUUGCACAAAAUACUUCCCAAUAAAGUGGAUCCAUUGGUUAGCUUAAUGAUGGUCGAGAAGGUACCCGACAGUACUUACGAGAUGGUCGGCGGUCUCGACAAACAGAUAAAAGAAAUCAAAGAAGUCAUUGAAUUGCCGGUCAAACAUCCAGAACUAUUUGAAGCACUCGGUAUCGCUCAACCAAAAGGUGUGCUUUUAUACGGACCGCCCGGAACAGGCAAAACACUGUUAGCCCGAGCAGUGGCUCAUCACACGGACUGUACAUUUAUACGAGUGAGUGGUUCAGAAUUGGUUCAGAAAUUUAUUGGUGAAGGAUCUCGAAUGGUCCGCGAGUUGUUUGUGAUGGCCAGAGAACACGCGCCGUCCAUCAUAUUUAUGGAUGAGAUCGACUCAAUUGGUUCUUCACGUAUAGAAUCGAGUUCUGGAGGAGAUUCUGAAGUUCAAAGAACUAUGUUAGAGCUGUUGAACCAAUUGGACGGAUUUGAGGCGACAAAAAACAUUAAAGUUAUUAUGGCCACAAACCGAAUUGAUAUAUUAGAUCCGGCACUGUUAAGGCCCGGCCGUAUUGACCGUAAAAUUGAAUUUCCGCCGCCGAACGAAGACGCGAGGCUCGAUAUAUUAAAGAUUCAUUCAAGAAAAAUGAAUUUAACCCGUGGUAUUAAUCUACGUAAAAUUGCUGAAAUGAUGCCCGGAGCCAGUGGUGCGGAGGUCAAAGGUGUCUGCACUGAGGCCGGUAUGUAUGCUCUUCGAGAAAGACGAGUUCACGUGACUCAAGAAGACUUCGAAAUGGCCGUCGCGAAGGUUAUGCAAAAGGAGGCCGAGAAGAAUAUGUCGAUUAAGAAACUCUGGAAAUAAAUCGCUUAUUUACGUCUCAUUACUUAUAACACCUAAUGUCCGUCAAUUAAUUUUCCUAAAAUAAAAUGUUUUUAAUUCAAUUACAAUUUAACGGUAAUUUGUUUA